AUGCGAGCGUCUCGUUCAAGUGCUCAACUAAGGCCACGUAAGAAGAAAUUGCGAAACGCCUUUCUGGGGGUCUAUGCUGUUGACUUUACCUUCCCUCACGCGUUGGAGAAGGGCGAGAUAUGCAAUGGAACUGCUUUUAUCGCUCCAGGCAAGCAACUACUCUUUACCCGAAGACAUUCGACCGAUCGCAUCCAAACAUAUCUCGUUGGCCUCAACAAUUCCGAACGCGUAAUGACUGCCCGACGGCAUGGCGCAGAGGAUGAAAAGGCCAUCUUCUCAGAGCUCUUCGGCUCCGCUGGAUGGCGGUCAGGGGAGCUUAUCAAAGAGAUGAGGGACUCAUCCGACUUCUAUUGCAAGCACAUGGGCGUUGUCAGGUUAGACACUUGGUCCAAUGGAAGAGUCGGGCUUCUGGGUGACGCAGCCCACUGCCCUACAGCAACCCCGGGGAUGGGCACAAUCUCCAGCCUUGUCGGUGCGUACGUCUUGGCUGGCGAGAUCCAGAGACAUUGCCGCCGCGAUGCUAGAGCCAAGGAGAUAGUUCCCGAAGCUUUGCAUACUUACGAGGAGCGGUUCCGCCCUUUCAUGAAGACUGUUCAGGAUGGUAUUGAGAAAGACAAGACCUACUGGUACAAGAUGCCAUCAGGCCCGAUUUUGCUUAUGGCAUUGAACCUCUUCCUCGCCAUUGCUUCUUUCUUCAGAUUGGAUGUCCUUGCUAAAAAUACUAUGAGGGAGGAUACGGGUGACUGGAAACUUCCGGACUACGAAGGGAUGGAUCUGCGAAAGAAGAAAGAUUAA